CCGCAUUAGUGCACCAUGCAAAUAAAACACAUUUGUGUGCUGUUUGUUGUGUUCAGUGUGUGUAUUGUGUGUAAGUGCAAACUGUUCACACGAUGCAAGUUGGCAGCUGAGCUGAUGAAGCAGAAAAGGAUUGAAAAAACUUUUCUUGGAAAUUGGGUGUGCCUAAUUGAGAAAGUGAGCAACAGGGACACACGAGCCUUCGUCGUCACGCCCAGCGGGAAGAAAUAUUAUGGACUUUAUCAGAUCCCCAGCCGCUGGUGCCGAUCGGGCAAGAAAGGAGGCGAGUGUAACAUCGCAUGCGAGUCCCUACUGGACGAUGACAUUUCGGACGACACGGCGUGCGCCGUCGACAUCUUCCACAAAGAAGGCUUCAAGUACUGGAACCAAUGGACCGUGCGGUGCAAGAACGAUGACACUAUCACAAAGGAGAUAUACAAAUGUCCAGACUUGAACUCACCGCGAUCGAGUCCCGAGCGAGAACUAUACGCAGACAGGCUCAGGAAAAGGAGGCGGCUAGUUAGAAGCAAGGCACAAUACAUCAGACAAGUCUAUGGAGUACAUGCUUGAAGUAAU